AUGUCUUCACAUCAUCACGAUCAUCACGGUCACGAUCAUAGUCACGGCCACGGCCAUGGACAUGGUGACGGCCACGAUCAUUCACACGACUUGGAACCAGCACUACAGUCCAACCUUUAUAAGCAGAUCAACUUCGAUAGAAUCAUCACCCUGAACGAGGCUGAGCCACGGUCCGGAGCAGCAAUUGUCCAGAAAUCAUGGGACGAGAGGCUCAACGAACAACCUAUCCUUGAAAGCGACGCAGAUGAGCAACUCCUCAUGCACGUCCCCUUCGGCGGAUCAUGCAAACUGUACUCCAUACUCAUCCGUACCUCAGACACGGACUCGGCACCAUCGACCCUGAAACUCUUCCGAAAUCGAGACGAUAUGGACUUCAGUACGGCCACAGACCUCAAACCAACCCAGACUGUAACCCUACCCAAGAGCAACGAUGUUGCAGAAAUCCCUCUGAACCGUGCUCUGUGGAACGGGACCACCUCCAUCAAUCUCUUCUUCGAAGACAACCACUCAGCCGGCGAAGAGGAUGUCACGCGGAUAGCGUACCUGGGGUUCAAAGGAGAUUUUAUGGCUCUCAACCGGGAACCAGUCAGUGUUCUCUAUGAAGCCGCCGCAAACCCUCAAGACCACAAGUUGAUCCAGGGAUUGACCAACACGAAUCAGUCGAUGCCAGGGCAGUAG